GAGUGAGUGAGUGAGUGAGUGAGUGAGUGAGUUGAGCUCCAGACAGCAAUGGGGAAAGGGUUCUACAUCUCCCGGACUCUGGCCGUGGUGGGCAUCCUCUUGGCCGCCUCGGCCAUCGCUGUGAUCGUCGCGUUGGCUGUGGUCUACGCCCGAGAGAUGGACCGGAGCGGCGGAGAGCCACUGCCCUCGGAGGGAAGCUCCGCUGCGCCCACCGUCAACCACCACAGCACCGCAGCCCCGUCCAACCCCUGGAACAGGUACCGGUUACCGGACGCCCUGGUGCCCAGUCACUACGAGGUCUUCCUGUGGCCCCGUUUGGAGAGAGACAGCGAGAAAGACUACUUCUUCACCGGUAACUCCACCGCCUACUUCGACUGCGUCCGGAGCACCGACUUGAUCCUCAUCCACAGCCACGAGCUGAGCUACACCGCGUCCGGGGGCUUCCACGCCGAGUUGCGGGCGCUCGACUCCGCUUCUGCUCCGGGUAUCCGGAGGUCGUGGCUGGAGACCCAGACCCAGUUCCUGGUGAUCGAGUUGGACGACCUCCUGAAGGCGGAUCGCCGGUACUCUCUGCACACGGUUUUCGAAGGGAAAUUGGCCGAUGACCUGACGGGGUUUUACAGGAGCCAAUACAUCGAUGAAAACGGUAACGUCAGUAUUAUUGCAACGACUCAGAUGCAACCAACUGAUGCCAGGAAAGCGUUUCCUUGCUUUGAUGAGCCGGCCAUGAAAGCCAACUUCAGCAUAACACUAGUCCACAAACCAAAGCACAAAGCAUUGUCCAACAUGCCAGCAAUCAGAACAAAUAUUAUAACUCAGGAUGGCGUCGAUUGGAAUGUUACUGACUUUAAAACAACACCAAAAAUGUCCAGCUACCUAUUGGCGUUCAUUGUUUCUGACUUCAUUUCCAUUGACGAAGAACUAAAUGGAACUUCGUUCAGUAUUUGGGCACGUAGGCAAGCCAUUAAUGAAGGACAAGGAAAUUAUGCGUUGGAAGUGACUGGGAAAAUCCUGAAGUUUUUUGAAUCCUAUUACAACGUAGCCUACCCACUGCCAAAGUCAGAUCAGAUUGCUCUUCCCGACUUCAACGCUGGAGCGAUGGAAAACUGGGGCCUUGUUACCUACCGUGAGACUGCUCUUUUGUAUGAUCCGAAACUGUCAUCUAAUGGAAACAAGGAGAGAGUUGUGAAAGUGAUAGCUCAUGAACUGGCCCAUCAGUGGUUUGGAAACUUGGUGACUAUCAAAUGGUGGAAUGACCUAUGGCUGAAUGAAGGAUUUGCCUCUUACGUGGAAUACCUGGGCGCUGAUCACGCUGAGCAAACUUGGCACUUGAAAGAUUUAAUCGUGCUGUCGGAUGUGUACAAAGUGUUUGCGAUCGAUGCGUUAGCCUCAUCUCACCCUCUCUCGUCGAAGGAGAGCGAGAUUAAUUCGCCCUCAGAAAUCAACGAACUCUUUGACUCUAUCUCAUACAGCAAGGGCGCAUCUGUGCUGAGGAUGCUUUCCAGCUUUCUCUCAGAAGAAGUCUUCUUGAAAGGCCUCAAUAGCUACCUCACAGAGUUUUCGUUCAGCAACACUGUCUACAACGACCUCUUUCAGCACUUGCAGAAGGCUGUUGAAUCAUCGAGCGUCUCAUUACCUGCUUCGGUGACAGAUAUAAUGAGCAGGUGGACGUUACAGAUGGGAUUUCCAGUUGUAAAGAUAAACAGUCAGACUGGAGAAAUCAGUCAGAACCAUUUCCUUCUUGAUCCAAACUCGACUGUGACACGACCCUCAGAGUUUGGUUAUGUUUGGAUUGUGCCAAUUACAUAUAUGAAGCAAGGUGGCAGUGACGUGAAUGAGCUUUGGUUGAAUAAGAAAACAGAGACUUCCCAAGAAAUGAAAGUCACUGGGAAUCAAUGGAUCCUGGCUAACAUUAAUGUUACGGGAUACUACAGAGUGAACUAUGAUGAAAACAACUGGAAAAACCUUUUGUCUCAACUGGAAACAGAUCACAAAGUCAUUCCGAUAAUCAACCGAGCUCAGAUAAUUGCUGACUCCUUCAAUCUGGCCAGGGCAGAUUAUCGAAAAACAACAGAUGCGCUGAACACCACCAAAUACCUAACCGCUGAGAUUGAGUACAUACCCUGGCAGGCAGCGUUUGACAACCUGUAUUACAUCACGCUAAUGCUUGAUCGUUCUGAAGUCUAUGGAGAUAUGAAGAAUUACAUGAGGCAACAAACGACUCCAUUGUACAACCACUUUAAAGUCAAGACAGAAAACUGGACCGUUCCUUCAGAAGGUCACCAGGAGCAAUACAAUGAGGUGAAUGCUCUGAGCGCAGCAUGUACAUAUGGGCUCGAAGAGUGUCAGACAAUAGCCGUCAACUAUUACAAGCAAUGGAUGAACAACUCCAGCAACAACUCGAUUCCUCUGAACCUGAAGACAACAGUCUACUGCAAUGCCAUAGCCCUUGGGGGAGAGGAAGAGUGGGAAUUUGCGUGGAAAAUGUUUAAGUCGGCCACUAUUGCUACUGAAGAAGCCAAACUGCGUUCAGCCAUGGCAUGCAGUAAGGAACCGUGGAUACUCCAGCGGUAUCUUGACUAUACUUUGGACUCAGAAAAAAUUAGAAAACAAGAUGCCACCUCCACCAUUGGGUACAUUGCGAACAAUGUGGUAGGACAGCCUCUGGCCUGGAAUUUUGUUCGUGCGAAAUGGAAUUUUAUAUUUGAACAGUACGGUGGGGGCUCAUUCUCAUUCUCCUCGCUGAUAGACGGGGUGACGAAACGAUUUUCAUCGGAAUUUGAACUGCAGCAGCUGGAACAGUUUAAGAAAGACAAUGAGGAUAUUGGCUUUGGAUCAGGAACGCGUGCUCUCGAGCAGGCUCUGGAGAAAACGAAAGCCAACAUACAGUGGGUCUCCAAGAACAAGGAGCAAGUCCAUCAGUGGUUCAUAGAUGCGACUGUGAAACCAUAACACAUUACCGAAUCACCUGUAAAUAUAAAUAAACAAACUGGCUAUAAAUACGUUUCAGAAUGAACUGCACACCUCUAAAGCCAGGAAACUGCUUCAGAUUGGAGUUGUCAGGGCAUCUGCUUUUACAGACUCGAAUGCACUUCCCAUCUCUGCUUCAAACCCAUUCUUUAGGAACAUAGGAACAAGAGUAGGCCAUUCAGCCCCUCAAAUCUGUUGCAUUAUUCCAUUAGAUCAUGGCUGAUCUGUGCCUCAACUCCAAUUACCCGCCUUUGCCCCAUAUCCCUCGAUACCCUGACCAAAUAAAAUCUAUCCACCUCAGUCUUAAAAAUUUGAAUAGAUUCAGCAUCCACAGCCUUUUAGGUGAGAGAAUUGUAGAUUUUGGGACUUUCCCAUUCCAAUGGUUGUACAACCAAGUUUUAUGGACGGUUCCAAAAACUCAGGGAGGUCAUUUUAAAACUGUCUGUGCCACACCAUACUGUACCGUAACCAGCACACUGUGCUGAACCAGUCUGUGCCUUAUCACUGCAUCCUGUCCAGGAUCAUACUGUGCAAUAUCAUAACUGAUCGAUGUUGCACUGUUAGUGUGAUUCAGCACGGAAACUGCUUCUUAUUGACUGGAUGUAUAGUAGGUCAGCGAGAGGCACUGCUGGAGGACAGCAAGGCUCAAUUGCGGUGGCUAGUAGCUCACGCUUUACUUUGUUAUGAAAUUACUGUCUGUGAUCAAUCACUAAAUCAGCCUGUUGCCAAGAUCUGCACUAUCUUUCCCGCCCUGUAACUAUGAUGGUAUUGAAGCUCUCCAUGUCAUUAUGAAAGCCUUCGUCCAAUGUUGCACUCACUUUCUCAGUCCCCACGGCACUGUUUAAACAGGUUUUAUGAAACUCCCAGUCAUAUUGCUGUUGGCUUCUUGUCAGUUUCAUUCACUGAAUGUUGCAAUGUCGUAAAGUAUUUCUUACUGUUUGAAACCAUCUUACGAACAGAAAUCCUUGGAUCGAGCUGUUUCGGGAGAAUUAACACGGUUUGUCCCAUAACAGACUUUGUCACUGGUAGAUUCCAUCCGUUUCUUCACUGAGAAAGGAAAAGUGCCACAUUACAUGAUUCAAAUCCUGUAUAUUGCAAAACAACAAUGAUGGGUUCAUUAAACUUAGUUCAAAUAAA